GGGUUAGCCGAUGAUGUAUUUCCGCUUCCUCUCGGCCCAGGCGCAUUUGGUUGGACGGGCUUGUUGCGGGGAGGGAGGGGGAAGAUUGUUUGCAGUAGAGGAGCUCAGCGUACGGGAAGGUAAACUGAGCUCCCCGGAGACCGGCACCCCGCAGCCUCGGUUCGGGCCCAGCCUUGUCUCUCCAGCUGCCGCCACAGCCUGGAGGCGCCUGCCUCCGCCCUCCCGAAUGGUGCUACUCCUCGCAGGCCUCGGCCUGGGAUCCAGACCCCCUUUGCCCCCUGCCUCGGAGCGGCUGCUCCGGGUCUCCCCCGGUGGACUGCUCGUGGCGGGCAGGGAAGAACUUUUCCACAGACAAGGCUAUCGCUGCAGGAGCGCCUCCGACGCCUUGAAUCUCGGCCUCUAACCCGGUGUGGGGUUGUCCCUCUGUCCUCUCUUCCACCCGCCGAGAGGAGAAUCCCUUCUUCUUGCAGCCCAGAGCCCGGGAGGUCCCAAGCUGGGGCCCUGGUCCCAGCAUGUCAGUCCUCUCUUGUGCGUAGGGCUGUGCCCUCUCCCGGUUAGCAUGGCGGAAUUCAGGCCGGCGCCCAGGGGGCGGGAGACCCCGCAGGGGGAGCUUCGGGCCGAGGUGGUAGAGGAUGAAGCCCCGCGGAGCCCGGUCGCUGAGGAGCCCGGGAGAGGCGGCAGCCAGGGCAGCGAGGCCAAACUGUCUCCCAGGGAAGAGGAAGAGCUGGAUCCUCGGAUACAGGAAGAGCUAGAGCAUCUGAACCAGGCCAGCGAGGAGAUCAACCAGGUGGAGCUACAGUUGGAUGAGGCCAGGACCACCUAUCGGAGGAUCCUGCAGGAGUCAGCAAGGAAGCUCAACACGCAGGGCUCCCACUUGGGGAGCUGCAUCGAGAAGGCCCGGCCUUACUAUGAGGCUCGGCGGCUUGCUAAGGAGGCCCAGCAAGAGACCCAGAAGGCAGCGCUGCGGUACGAGCGGGCCGUGAGCAUGCACAAUGCUGCCCGGGAGAUGGUGUUUGUGGCUGAGCAGGGUGUCAUGGCUGACAAGAACCGGCUAGACCCCACCUGGCAGGAGAUGCUCAACCAUGCCACCUGCAAGGUGAAUGAAGCAGAGGAGGAGCGGCUUCGUGGUGAGCGGGAGCAUCAGCGGGUGACCCGGCUGUGCCAGCAGGCUGAAGCUCGGGUCCAGGCCCUGCAGAAGACGCUCCGGCGUGCCAUUGGCAAGAGCCGCCCCUACUUCGAGCUCAAGGCCCAGUUCAGCCAGAUUCUAGAGGAGCACAAGGCCAAGGUGACAGAGCUGGAGCAGCAGGUGGCCCAGGCCAAGACUCGCUAUUCAGUUGCCCUGCGCAACCUGGAGCAGAUCAGCGAGCAGAUUCACGCACGGCGCCGGGGCCAGCCCCUGCAUGCCCCAGGCCAGCGGCGCUCCUCCCCUGUGGGGGCAGAGGCUGGGCCUGAUGGUGGGGAGGAUGGGGACAGUGGGAUCAUCGAGGGGGCUGAAGGCGGGGGCCUGGAGGAGGGCAGUAGCCUGGGUCCUGGGGCUGCCCCCGACACAGACACGCUUAGCCUGCUGAGCCUGCGCACGGUGGCUUCGGACCUGCAGAAAUGUGACUCUGUGGAGCACCUGCGGGGCCUCUCAGACCACACCAGUCUGGACGGCCAGGAGCUGGGUUCCCGGAGCGGGAGCCGUGGGGGCCGCCACCAGCGCAGCAUCAGCCUGUAGUCCAUGCUCAGGGUGGCUUGUCCUUUCACCACCACUGGCCCUCGUAGGGCUGGACAGGCUCCGUGCUCCCUCUCCUCAGGUCCUUGCUUCCCUUGGAGAGGUCAGGUUGGUCCUUGCCUCUGGUGGAUUUCUCCCCGUCCCUGCCCUCCCAGGUCCCUCCUCGCAGGUGGCAGCUCUCUUUGCCUUACCCUUUCAGAAGGCUUUUCUCUGGCUCUCACGUUUGCCCUCUCCUGCUAGCUCCUCAUGGUCUGAUGCCCUUUGCUGCCCUCUUUCUGCUUUCCUUCCAUCUGUCUGGUUUUCCCCUCAGGGAACUUGGUCUAGAAGGCACAGGGAAGCCCAUCGGAGAAGGUGGGUGUGGGACCCAAGUCCUGGCAUCUUGGCCCCUAGCUCGAGGAAAUAGGUGUUCCUUCCACCUCCCCAUCUCCCAAGAUCUAGGGAUGCUACAGAGCUCUUCUGGCAGACUUGUGCCCUAGGCCUCUGUCCCGGCCUGUCCAUAUGGAACCUGAAAUGUGCUGUAGGACUGUGUACGUCUGGAAGACACUACUGAUCCCUACAGUGCUCCCUCCUCAUGACCUAAGCCACUUUGCUAUGUGUGCCACAAAGCAAGACUCGAAGGGUACCAGCGUCAAGAGAAGGUGAAACCCAACCCCACUGUCAACACAGAGGACACCACCCGCUCCAGAUAGGCUCCCAUGUGCAUGGUGUUUUCCCCAGCUGGGCUGGGCCGUUAACAUUGCUAAGGUGCUAGUGGGUCUCUAACAAGGGUCCAUGUUGGCAGGUGAACAUGUAAUGAGGUCCUGAUGGUUGAAGCCCUUGCCAUUCCUGCUGCAGAAUUGGGUUUACUUUUUCUGGGUAGAGGAUGUUGAGCUGAAUCUCAGCACCCUCCUGUGGGGUAAUUGGUGCUCAGUCGCUCUCCCUCUCGCUCUCCCAAACCAAACAAUACCUACUCCAGGAUCCCUUAGGGAAGUGCUCAAGUUUGGCUGCACAGCCUUCUCUGUUGUAGGUAUGGGUUGCUCUGGGGUGAGGGAGCCCACCCUCCAUGGGGAGCAGCUCUGGGUGUUUGGUGGUGCUCCAGGCCCUAUGGUGGGGAAGGUGGGGAAGCCACGCUAGAUCUGGGUGCCUUGGGAGAACUGGUCCUUCCUCCUUUGCUACCCUAAGAGGUCUGAGAGCUGGACUCUGGGCAGGAGUCCUAGGCCUUUGUGCUGCUGUCGUCACCUGGGAGGAGUGGGCUUUCAUAUGGAGGGUGUUUCCCUGUGCUAAGGUGGUCACUAUGAGAACCACUGGUUUGAGGUGGCCAUGGGUGAAGGGAUGAAAGGGAGGGAGGACGUGGGCAUGCGUGUGUGCAUAUGCUGGGGGAGUGUGUGUGUGUGUGAGUGUGUGUGUGUGUGAGAGAGAGAAAAGGGUAUGCCCCUGAUUUUAUUUAAAUAAAAUAGUU